ACCGUGUUAAACUUAUUGAAUUGGUUUGUUAACAGAGAAGUUAGGGUUACUAAAGGUCACUAAAGGUUACUAAAGGUUACUAAAGUUCACAAUGAUGAAGGUGACGGUUAUUGCACUUCUGCUUGUUAUCGACCAAGCCAUUGGAGCGACAUGGGUGUACAGCCAAGGACCAAAAGGGCCUUCCAAUUGGCUGAAUUCCUACGCCGCUUGCGGCACAAGAGCGCAAUCACCAAUCAGCAUCGAGCAUGAAAAUUCGGUAGCCAAUAAGAACCUUGGAACGUUUGAUCGGUCCGUGUUUACGUCACUUCCUGCCUCGAUGGAGUUGGUUAAUAAUGGACAUGCAUUGCAAGUCAACAUGGACGGAUCUUACACAAUAUCUGAUCGAAGUGUGCUCCCCAAUGAUUAUAAGGCUGUUCAGUUCCAUCUUCACUGGGCUGCUGCCAACAAGAGCGAAGGUUCUGAGCAUUGGCUUAACGGCAAGCAAUACUUCGCAGAGUUACAUGUUGUUCAUUAUAAUACUAAGUAUGCUAGCAUUGGGGAAGCGGUAAAUAAGCCAGAUGGCCUCGCAGUACUUGGUGUCUUUGUUGAUAUCAAUGACGAAACAAACGAGCAUUUUAAUCUUUUGCUAAACCCGAUCAACCGUGUCCAAAUACCAAACCAGGAAAUGACGUAUACAUCAAAGUUUUCCGUCGCAAACUUCUUGCCAACAGACUUGUCAGAAUAUUACAGAUACAGGGGAUCGCUCACCACUCCGCCAUGCUUCGACUCCGUUGUUUGGACUGUAUUUAAAGAGCCCAUCCACAUGUCACGUGACCAGGCACGAGUUUUACAAACAAGUCUUUAUGACGGCAUAAACAGCACAGCCAAGGUCGGGGGUAACUUCCGUUUGCCUCAGCCAAUCAACGGGCGAGAAGUUUCACGCCCCUAUAAAUCAGGGGCGAACCCGAUUCCGUUACCAAUUUUCCUUCAAAUUACAGCAAUGCUUGCAGUCGUUAAAACUUUGUAUUUUUAACUUUUUGAAAUCCUAUUGCUAACCUAACCCUUUUAAUCCAUGUACACGUUUUACUCGGGUGUUCUGUGAUUCUUUUCUGUUCUCUAAAUAGCAGGUUGGGGAAGAUGGGACGCUUUUAGCACAUAAUAUCCAAACAUCCGGAUCGUGUUUUAAACAUUUAACAACGGUCUAUGGGUGUUGUGAGGAUACAGUUUUAUAACUCUUUUUAUUUUCUUUGUUUACCACCAAAUCUGACAAUAAAAUUGAAUGAUAAAGUGUCCCAUCUCCCCCCACCCUACUUUAACAAUCAUUUCUAUUUUUAACGAUUAUAAUUGCAUUACCUCAAACUAAUUCCACGUUUAAAUAUGACUUAUUUUUUAGAGAUACUAUUUGUAUUUUGCGAUGAUAUUAUUUGAUGAUGACGCAAUUGAUGUUGAAUUUCAUCGAGCGAAGUACGAAUACGCUUAAAAAUAAACAAAUAUUGCAAUUUAAA